AUUUACAGUUGAUGGUUAAGGUUACGGAUCAGAUUUAGGCUUUUCGUCAUGAACUGAUAUCAACCAUAAUGCCAAAGUUCUAUUUAGCCAAAUGGAUGAGUGAAUUCCGCUCCAAAAUCCAAGACUUGUUAUCUUAUACCUGAUUGGUUCGUACAUAACUUAUAGUCUCGCCAUUUUUUGACUUAGUCUGUAAUACUGUUUGAUGGUUAAUCUCAUGAAAUACGCCACUCAAACACCCAAGUCUUUGUUUAUUUGGCUAUUCUGUUUAUUUAUUUAUUUUUAUAAUUACUUGGCCAUGAGACGUAAAUUCAAUGCUAUUCAGUCACUACAUUCACUUCUAUGAAAUAAUUGGUGUUCCUGUUUUAAGUCAUUAAAAAUAAUUCGCUACCUAAGAGUGAUCGGACUAUGCACUGUUUAUUCUUAUGAAACGGUGAACACUGCCUACUCCAUUCUACUAACCUGUAGCCUCGAACUGACUAAACAGGUUACCGAAAUAUAAUGAUUCUUCGUUUCCUUUUUCAGCAUUCUGCGAUAAAUUUCAAUGGGGAAGAAUGACCGGUGACUAACUAAGACUCAACACUACUUAGCUCAAAUUCCUUCACCUAUUCUACAUACUAAAGCUCUUGUCUGUGAAAUACUUUAUACUUUCUGUUUCAAUAAAAAAGUCUUUGCUUUCCAAACCUCCCAUCACUUAUUUUUCGAAUAAUGGCUAACUUUUCGAGAGUGGCCGAGAUUUUUGAGCAAGCAUCCGUGGCGUUCGGUCGUUUGGCUCAACUUACUUUAGAUCUUAAGCAGUUCCAAGCGCAACAAAAUGAUGGGGAUUCCAAGACCUGUGGGAAAUGGUCACAAAAGGAAGUUGAAGAUCUUAAAGAUGCUAUCGGACGUUUCGGAUCUGAUCUGUCGAAGGUAGCUGAGGCUAUCGAAACAAAAACCAUUAACCAGAUAAAACAAAAGCUAAAAACCCGGGCUUUCCAGGAUGCUGGUCUUGGAGAUAUUUCCCUUGAAAAUGAGGCUGUGGAUACAGAAGUCAAACCAAAAGCCACCACUCCAAAUACUACUCCAGUAGAACGUGGAAGACGUAAGCAAGCUUUGAAUCAAAUGUCUGAACCAGUAGACAUGCAUCCUCCUAAAAGAUCCAGAUCUAAUGUCGACGAUUUGAAUGAAUAUACAAAUUAUGCAUCUGAAGUAGAAGUUCAAGAUAAAAAAUCCAACCAACCGGUUAGUAACAAUAAAUCAUAUAGUAAUGAAAAUGUUACACCUCAAAAGAACGAUGACGGUCACAAUAUUUUAAAACAGAAACCAGUUGGCAGUACACUAUCUAGUGUUUUAUCCAAACCGAUAUCACUUGCUAGAUCAGAUGUAAGUAAUUUUGAUGAUCGUCAUCGCAAAACAACAACACCAGUAAAUGUCAUAGGUUCUGGAUAUAGUGCGAAUGAAUCAAAGUAUGAAGAUUAUGACAGCGAUGACAGCGAUUAUGAUGGUGGAGGUGGUCGUACACCUGGAGAAGAUUAUGAAUCAGACGAAGAACAAGAGGAAGAGGAAGAAGAAGAAGAGGAAGGCGACGACAACGAGGAUUACGAUGAAUAAACAUCAAAUUGAAUUAUUAAAUAUUUGUGUAUAUGUCUUUAUGAUUAUUAUUAUUCAUUAUCAUGUAAAUUAGUGUUUAUACUGAUAAACUAAGUUAACGAUAUUGAAGAACUACAAUUUCAUUGAGCUCAGAAUUUAAUUUUUCUAUCUUUGGGUUAUGGAUUUAAAAACUGUCUUGUCUACCUCAAUUUACGUUGCUAUCUGACGUCUCCCUAGAUCUCAUUGAGUAAAUAUAAGUCAGAAAUAUACAGCAUGAGAUCUAGUAUAGAUUUGUAUCAGCCUUAAAGUUUCUGCAGCAAUUUGGCUCUCAC